AUGGCUGGCUUGUUCAAUAGAAGGAGAAGACCAGAUUCAUAUCAAGGGUUCAGCAAAUACACUCAUGAGAUAAACACUUUCCAUCAUCCAACUCAACACGCUGGGUUGCCCUUGCAACACCAGCAACAGCAACAGCAACAAAGGACUCAAUCUAUGACUACAGCUGGAGCUGCGGCUGCUGCGGCUGCUUUGCGGUUACAUAGUACUCCUGUCAAACAACAACCUACAAGUCCUACUCAAAGACAAUACGGCCGUUCUAAUUCUUUAAGCAAUGCCAAUAGAUCAAACUCGUUGAGGCAAUAUACAUAUCAUCCAAAAGCAUCAUAUCAAACUGGUGCUGCUGGUGCUGCUGGUGCUGCUGGUGCUGCUGGUGCUGCUGGUGCGUCUUCAUCAACGAGUAACCAUGAUCAUGGAUUACCAAGAAGAUACAAUAGCUUAACAUCACAAAGUAGAAACAGUCUCACAAAAAGAAGUCAAGCUAACCAAAGACAAUUGCAACAACAUGACAAUUACCAUGAAGUGGAGGAACAAAAUCAACAUAGAGUACAUCACAUCAACGAAGACGAAGAAGAAGUUGAUUAUAUUGUUACAACCACCACAACAAAAGUGGUUGACUCACAAGGAAGAACACAGUCAAUCACGACAAAAACAGUCAAGACAUUCCCCGAUGGAUCAAAUAUUAUUGAAACUUCAACAAAGAAUAUAUCCAGAUCCAACUCUAGAGCUAAUUCCCUUAGUUCAAAUAAUUAUAGACAAAAUUCAAUGACUGCUUCAUUAUCUCAUCAACCAGCCAACUUGACCAAGAUUGAUGAGGAUUUGCAAAACUUUGAUUAUGAUUAUCAAGUGGAUAAUCUUGACGGGGAUGGCAACUUGAGAUUGAAUACUGGUGAACACCAUUAUCCACACGACGGAAACGACAUUAUUGCUGAGGAAGCUGAAGAUUAUGACGAGGAGCAGCAGCAAAAUAAGCAAGUUGCAGAAUCGCAACAAUUGGGUGCACCUUUUAAUGAGUUUACCAGACCGGAAAAGCCAAGACAAUACUCUACUGAUAGAACUUCAUCGUUAAACAGUCAGAAUAAACCGUUAAGGUCAAUUUUGAAAGGUCAAAAUCCUAUGAAUGAUCCACAACAACAACAACAACAACAACAACAACAACAGCAGCAGCAGCAGCAGCAGCAGCAGUCUCAACAACAACAAGAACGAGUUACUUCCCCUGGGGCCACUGCCGCCGCUGCUGCUGCAAGUGCUGCCCCCGAGAUUGCCAGAGAGGAUGCGCACUCACCUCUUGCUGACUCCCACCAUCCAUAUAAACAUUUCACAUCAAAUACAGAGCAGCACCAAAGCAGACAACAAGCUCAACAACCAACCAAGCCUACAAUUGCUACAAGUCCCACCUACAGUAACAAUAAUAAUUAUAAUACCGGCUCUUUCAAUCGACAACCAAGACAACAAAUCUCUUCACCUAGAGAAAAUACCCACUAUAGUCAUUCUCCGGGAAGCUCCAUCAAGUUUGAUGACAAGGUGGAAACUAUUCCAGUUGAAAGGCCAAGCUACGUGCAGCCCAAUUCACCCAAGCAAUACCACCACGCCAGGACUAAACAGACACCUCCUUCUGGUCCUCCUCCAGUAGCUUCGUCUUUGCAACAACCGAAUGCUGAUUUUUAUGCUGCCGCUAUGCAAGCUGCAUACAAGAAGGUGUAUGGAGAUCGUGAUCAGCAAGUUGCUUCAAAGACAGUGGGAGCCACCACUUCUUCACCUACAAGUCCAGAAUUCCAUCCUUCAAGUCCACCACAACAAGCGCCACCACAGAUUGAAAGAAGAGGGUCUGGUCGUAAAUCCAAAUUUGGAUUCAUACCAUUGACUCCACGUAAAGAGGCUGUUUCAUCACAACAAGGACAACAACAACAACAACAAGGACAACAACAACAACAACAACAACAGCAACAACAACAAUUUGAACCGCCAGUACAACCAAACAGUAAUAAUGACCAAGAGCGUACAUCUUCCUUGAACUCAUUAAUCAAGAACAAGAUCCACCGUGAUCAAAAAGCGCAAGCAGCAAUGAGUAAAGGCUCAGUGCCAGUGAAUUAUGAGUAUGUCAAUCAUCACAAACAAUUCCCUAUGCACUCUAUGCGUGAAGAUCCUCAAAGACAAAAGGAGGAGCAACGCGUAGCUAAAGAGCAAACAAAGGAGCAAAAGCAAGCUGCUAAGGAACAAGCUAAAGAGGAGAAAGUUCGAGCUAAAGAGCAAGCGGAAGAGGAGAAGAGGUUAGCUAAGGAUCAGGCAGAACAGGAGAAGAAAUUGGCCAAGCAGCAUUCUGAACAGGAAAAGAUUGCUGCUAAGGAGGCUAAAAAGCGUGAAAAGAAACCAUUGUUUGGAUUCUUGAAUAAAAAGAAUAGAAGACUCAGUCAAGCUGGAUCGGUAUACUCGGGUGCCAGCUCAAAUGUUGGUACUUCUUCGCCACAACAACAUCACCACCAACAGCAACAACAGCAACAACAACAACAACAACAACAACAACAACAGCAUGCUUCUGUAUCAGAUGACCCUGUUCUUGUUGGAGCGACUGCUUAUACUGCUGGAAGUUAUGUAAUACCAGGCCAGGCUGAUGGCAUACAUCGUGACGGUGUAACAAAUGCAGGUAAAAUCGUUACUCCUCAAUCCAAAGUGGAUGCAACUGAUGCAGGUAAAUCCACCGAUCCCGUCACUCCUGCUCAAAAUAUAACAGCUGAUGAUAACAAAGACAGUAUUGAUGCUGCUGCUACUGCUACUGGUGGUGGUCCACAAAGGUCAGUGCCAUAUGGCAAACAUGGUGUCGUUCCUACUGAUCUUCCUGCUAAUGAACAAACUGCAGCAACCAGACCCAUUGCUAAUAAUGAUGUUUCUAAUGAACCUGGUCAAGAUCGUGCUCCAAUUCAAAUAAGCUCGCCAGUGAAUGUUCAACGUUUGGGUCCAAAUAUUGAAGCUCAAGCCGAGGAGCUUCAAACUGAACUUGGUCAUAAUAAAGAGGGGCGAUAUGGCGUCAAUGGUGAAGGAGUAGUGGGUUUUGGUCCAACUUUGCAAAAGGAAACAGCAUCGCCUGUUCCAAUAAGCUCCCCCGUGCGAGUCGAGCGUCUUGGUCCUAAUAUCGAAGCACAAGCUGAUCGACUUACAAAUGAGUUGGAACACGAACGUGGUAUCCCUGAGAGAGAGACUGGAGUUGCAGAACCACCUGCAUCCACACUUGACCCUCGUGCAAGGGAAACUGAAACAGGGAACGUAAAUGUAAGCGAGAGUAGUGGUCCAAACUUGUAUUCGAAACAAGAUGCUGCUGCUGCUCCCAUUGUAAUUCCUGCUGGGGAACAGUUGGUGGCGGAGUCUGCAGUUGAUGAUAGUGCGGACUUGCAAGUUGAUGAUAACCAAGCUUACAAGAUUUCUGUGCCAAGGACAUACUCCCAUCAAGAGGAUGAGGAUGAUACAAGAGAUGCAGCACGGCGCGAGGGUACUGCCAGUGGAUAUCUUUCUACUAAUAAUGUGAGAACCGCUACUGAUAAUCACUACCCACUGCCUGACUUGAGCACAAAACAUAGGGACUCUGUAUACGACACCAAGGAAGGACAGUUUGUUUCAAAAGUCCCUGUACCUGAAUUGAAUGAUAUUGAUGACGAUGAUGAACAUGAUAGCCGUGGAGUUGAAGAUGUAACAGUUGAAGAGACUCGUGAAGAGGUUCCAGUGCAAAAGGAACCUUCUUUGGGCAGUUAUGAAAAGAUUCCAACACCUACACAUGACGGAGAUGACAAGUAUCAAGUUAUAGAUGAAGGCGAUGUUGUCAUUGGAGACAUCAAUGAGGAAGUGAGAUCGGACCCGGAGUCGGAACCUGUCGUUAUUGACACCUUGACUGAGCCAGUGGGAGCAAAUGUUGACCAUGAUGACAAUGGCUACGUCACUCCACAAGUUGAUGCCGAACCAACAUUUGCUGGUAGUAAAGGCAAAAGACCACCAAGUGAAGUUGGCGCGCUGGCCUUUGUUAUGAAUGAAAAAUUAACCAAUCCUCAUGAACAUCAGAAUUUCAUGAGUGGCAAUUUUGCUGGAUCACAAUUUGUUAAAAAGAAUAAUAAUAGUCAACUAGACUCAUCACCAUCAAGUAGAGGGUUACAAGGAAAACCAAAAGCUGCGUAUGUGAGUGAUGAAGCUCCACAAGAGACAGCAGCAGGAGCAGCGACAUCUCACCAACCGCAAGUUGUCACUGACGUGCAACAACAGCACCAGCCACAACAGCAACAAGAAGUGAUCAAUAACUACUCCUCCUCUGCAGAGCCAAGUGGUGACACAUUACCCACAACUCAAUCCAAGCACAAUGUUGCCGAAGAGGAGCAGCAACAAUAUCGUCCAGAAGAUCUUGAAGGUGUUGUGGUUGAAGAAAAGACAUUCAAGGGUAAAAAGGGCAAAAAAGACAAGAAGGAAAAGAAGGAAAAGAAGCCUAGCAAGUUUAAGGAAAGAAUGUUGAAGUAUUUUGUUAGUGGGUAUGAGAAUUGA